GAGCUUCUUCUUAUGGUCGUUUUCGGAAAUGGGGAACUCAAGAGUCAAAGAGUCGAUCUUGAUAUCUCUGGGAGGAGACUAAAUGCUGCCCGCUCGAUCAGACCCACCAUCACCAACCUUCCCCACUGGCUGGGACUGGACCACCUACCUAAUCAUCUCCACCACGAGCACGAGAUUUAAGACAUCUAAAAACGAAUGAGAAAUAUUCAAAGCAUCCUAAUUCCAAGAUCUGCUGGGGCUUCAGCUGACGAGACUGUUGAAUUGGCGCCUCUCUCGCUUUCUCACAAGGCGAGCGAGUGUCUUCUGAACCCACUUGCUCUCUUUGUCAUCUGAUUCUUCACCUGGGGACAAGAAUGGAAGAGGCAUUACCCAAGAAACCGCGUCCAACUUUCUGGGACCUAAUAUUUGCUGCUAGAACUGUGGCUUGGGAAGCAUAUAAAAGCAAACCCAUCUCGCAUUGGAUUCUUCUGCUUCUGAGUGGCGGAUUGAUGCUCACCGCCUUCCCUGCUUCGAGCCUCCUUUCCCGUGUCUAUUACACAAAUGGUGGCAAAAGCAAAUGGAUCAUCUCGUGGGUGGCCGUCGCCGGAUGGCCCCUGACUGCGCUCAUCUUGAUCCCUACAUACUUCAUCUGCAAAGUUUCCCCAACCCCUCUAAACUUAAAGCUCGUCAUUUCUUACUUAGUCUUAGGUUUCUUAAGUGCUGCUGACAAUCUCAUGUAUGCCUAUGCCUAUGCCUACCUACCUGCGUCAACCUCGUCUCUUCUAGCAUCGUCAUCUUUGGUGUUCUCUGCACUAUUUGGAUAUUUAUUCGUCAAGAACAAACUAACUAUGUCGAUGAUCAAUGGUGUCGUGAUAAUUACAGCAGCCAUGGUAAUAAUCGCUUUGGACUCGAAUUCAGACAGAUAUGGCAAUGUCACCAAUAGCCAAUACAUCAUGGGUUUCAUGUGGGACAUCUUGGGAUCCGCACUCCAUGGCCUCAUCUUCGCUCUCUCGGAGCUCGUCUUCAUCAAGUAUCUAGGAAGAAGAUCGUUCCAUGUGGUGUUGGAGCAACAGGUCAUGGUUUCUUCUUUCGCUUUCGUACUUACAACGAUCGGUGUUGCCUUGAAUCACGAUUUUCAAGAAAUGGCAAACGAGGCCAAAAGUUUCAAGGGCGGUAAGAGCUCGUAUUACUUGGUUAUGAUAUGGGGCGCCAUAACUUUUCAAUUGGGGGUGCUUGGAGGCACUGCCGUGCUUUUCUUGUCUUCGACCGUCCUCGCUGGUGUCUUGAACGCUGUGAGGGUGCCUCUUACUAGCAUCGCUGCCGUUAUAUUGUUGAAAGAUCCGAUGAGUGGAUUCAAGAUCCUGUCGCUUGUCAUAACCUUUUGGGGAUUUGGAUCAUACAUAUAUGGCAGUGCCAAUGUGAGUACCGAAACUUCAUGACUGUAUCUUGGCUAGUUCUCACUAAUCACAUUAUGGUGCAACUUGUGAUUCAGUGUAUACUGCAUAGUGUGAAAGAAAUGAUAAGAAAGGUUAUUUAUCUGCUUUGUAGUCAUCUAACUUUUGCAGUAGACUGAGUCAUUUUUGUCAA